GAUUUUAGUUUUGUCUUGGGUAGUAUUUGGCAAGAUUUAGCCUAGAAAUUAUGUAGUAUUUAUUACGUGAGAAUCAAAAUUGCUUUGUUACUGGGCUGGUUCAAAAUUUAGAACUCAUUUCUAUGUAUCAAAAUUGUUUUUUGUUUUUGUUUUUUGUUUUUUUGAAAUUCUUAAAUGGUAAAUGUACCAUUGUGAAAUGAAAUUUCAACUCCAAAAGUUUACCCUUUUACUAACUGGAGUAAAUGGAUAAUUAUAAAGUCUUUAGUUGAAGCCAUCACUAGUAAAGAAUUUGGAACUAGGCUGCAUAAGCAAGCCUUUGCAGGGCCACCAUUGAAUGUCAUGCCAGUGACACUGGUGUUGCUAUAACAGAAGGAAAACAUCUUCCCUUAUUAGGUAGAAGCUUUCUGUAAUUUUGACAGUGCCAGUUCAGGAUGACUAUAAUGCUGCUCUGCCUUCUACAGCUUGCUGCACCACUUUGUAGUUACUCUAUAACUAUACAUUUCUAUCUUUUUUGGUUAAACACUCCCUGAAGGUGAUAAAAGAUGAUGUGAUGAUAUACAUACAUCCAUAUUGUACACAUCGAUAUAUGUGUAAGGAUUUCCCUUCAUCUUUAUUUUGUGGGCUGGGCAAAAUUUAGUGUAACAU